AUGAGGGUUAUGGAAAAUGGCUUUUGCGCUGACUCGGAGGAGGGAGGUGGUGACUGGACUUCGGGUAUGCUAAGAAGUGUUAUACACAAGGUCGAGAAAGUGCUCAGCAAGGGCCUUCUCCUGGUUCAAAAACUGCUUUACUAUGUAUCACUUUCCCUUCCUCACCCACUUCCUCGAAAUUCGCAGUUCUAUCCUCAGAUGCAUCAUCGCGUCAGGUACCAUAUACGUCACACACUUAGCGUUAAUCACCUGGAUGUGAUUACCCUGCCUCCCUCGUCUCCUCCUGGUGCUAAUUUCAGUCUUGCACCUCCCAUAUGUGCCCCCGCCCUCCAAGCAACCCUCACUGCCAUAGACACUCUAAUAACCCUCGCAUGUCAAAACCACCAACGGAGUGGGCUUGGGGACGCUAAAUCAGUCAACGACGCAAUUCCGCGUUGGAACUCCAUCACAGCUCGCGAUUUCAAUGCUCUCUCCCAUCCCUCUCCCACCUCCCCUAACUGUCCACACAAUCCACUCAUACAUCUCCCGCUCACAUUCCUUGUCGGUGCCACUGCGAAACGGGACCCCGCUGGCACAAAUCCCAAGAGAAGGCUCUGGGCUGAAGCAGGAAUUAGCAUCGUCAACGGGGGCAAGAGAGGGUAUUUAACCUUAGUACCCCUCUGGGCUUCCCUCGCAGACAGACGAAAUCAAACAACGCACAAAAUCCGCCUAACCACCUUCCUCUCCCUAACUCACUCACCCACACCUACAGCACCCGCAUCACUCUCCACGCCCCUCACACAUGUACUUGGAGACAGCCGACAAGCGUAUUAUCGUGCCGCUAGGGCAGUGAAUGAUGAACGCAAUGCUGGGGCUGCUGCGUGUGCUGGGGAGGCAUUGUUACGGACUGAAAUUCGUGCCCACACUCAAGGGGGCGCAGAAGACCUUAAAACUUACGAGACAUACGCGCUGACUCGUUUCGCGAUCCAGCGGUGUUGUGGGAUGGGAGGGACGCUAGAAGCGGUUGGGAAUAUGCUGCAGGCGGCUGUAGGUGGUGCGAGAGGGGAAAUUGUUGGAGCUAACCCUAAGUACACCAACAGGCGAGAACCAUCUCCACGCAUUACUCCUCGCGUAACGCCACACCCCGCCUCUGGGUCGGCGAACAAUUCCUCGGAUAUAUUCAAACGCGCAGAUAAACCUCAUCGAAUGGUGAAGCAGGAGAUUGAUGAUGCGGUAUAUCGGUGUGCGGUGGAUGGGGAGGGCGAGGUGACCUUGAGUUGUGUGGUGAAAUCUGAUGCGGGGUGAUUCAUUGGCCGUUGUAGUUGAUGCCAGAUGGAUCUUGCUAGAGCUCGCGCAUCACUUACUCACUCAUUGUAUCAUAUUACCCAAAUAUGAGAUAGCCAGCACUACAAUAACGAAAAA